AUGGACAAUAAAGCACUUACAGCCAAAAGAGUCAUAUUGCCUGGUACUAAAAAGGUUCAAACUCCUGUAACAGAAGAAUCAGAUGAUGAUGAUGAUGUGCAAAUACCAGAUAUGGACGUUGAUGGUGAAGACGAUGAAGAUGAAGAUGAAGAAGACGACAGCGAGCAAAACGCCAGUGAAGACUCCUUCUUUAACAAUAGUGCCCAAUUAGUAUUCGAUGACGACGGAAAUGAAGUCAUAAGAGAAGGUGGAACCACAGAGCAAGCCUUUGAAAAGAAAGAUGCACAGGAACUGAAGAAGAAGGUUUUGUCUCCAGAAGAACAGAAGAAGAAGGAAGAAAACCUCAAAAAGCUUAGAGAAAAGUUAUCAGCUAAGAUAAAUGUUCUCAAGGAAAAGAGAAAGGCUCCUGGUACUAAAGUUGCAGGUGCUCCUCAAUCGAGAGAACAGAUUUUAGCUGAACGUAAAAAGAGAGAAGAAUUGAAGAGACAAGAAAAGUUGAAGAGGAGCCGUGAAGAAUUGGAAGGAGACUCUGACUCAAAUUCUGAAUCCGAGUCUGAGGACGAAGAUAAAAAGGAUGUUGAAGACAAGUCUGUUUUGUUCGGAAAUAUUGUAUUUAAUGACGGUUCCAGAGUGACUUCAGACUUGACCAAACUUCGUUCCACUGUAGAAAAGAAAAAGGCUAAAGGUCCAGCUAACAACGACUUGAAGGCCCAUUUGAAUAAAUUGGAACAGAAGAAACGUAAAUUAGACCAGUUGUCUCCCGAAGACAAAGUAAAGCAAACAGAAAAGGACAAAUGGCAAAGAGUGAUGGCUCAAGCCGAAGGAGUAAAAUUGAAAGAUGACGAAAAGUUGUUGAAGAAAGCAAUCAAGAGAAAGGAAAAGCAAAAGUUAAAGAGUGAAAUCGAGUGGAAAGAAAGAAAGCAAACUGUCAAGGACACCGUUGCUGCUAGAGCUAAGAGGAGAGAAGAAAACUUGAAGUCAAGAAGAGAAAACAAAGGAAAAAAGAGUAAGCAACAACCAAAGUUGAGAAAGUUCACUGGUGUUGUGAAUAAAGCCGCCAAGAAGAGAGCUGGCUUCGAAGGCAGUGCCAAAUCAAAGAACAAACGAAAGUGA